AUGAAGUUAUUAAAUUUAUUAGUUGUUGCUACCGUUGCUAAUUCAUUAGCAAUCAACAAUCAUCAUCAUAAGGAUGAUAAUAAAGAUACAAGGUUAAUUAAACAACAUCAUAAAUCUUUUAAAUUAAAAUUACCAUUUAUUAAAUCAAAAUCUAAUGGAGAAGAAGAACAUUGGUCAAUUGAAGAACAAAAUGCUGAAAUUUCAAUGAAUCAAAAUCUUAAUUCAAAAUUAAGAUUUGAAGAUAGUGAUGAUGAAGAUCCUUUAGAUACUGUAACUGUUGUUGCAACUCCUGUUGAAAAUGAUCCUACUUUUAAUGCUGAAUUUAAAACUCCAAAAGGUGGAUUUGUUGAUAUGUUCUGGCAAUUAUUAACUAUUGGUAAAGAUUUAACUAUGGAAAAGAUUAAUAUCUUAAAGGAUAUUUUAUUAAUGUUGGAUAAAAUUAAACAUUUGAAAGAAGAUGGUAUCGAUCAUUCAGUUAUUAAAGCUAAUAGUAAACAUGGACAAACUUCAAUUGAUGGUUCAAAACAAAUUCAAAAUAUUCCAAAAUCUCAUCAUCAAUUUAAAAGAGAAGAAUCUGCUGAAAAACAACCUGAAUCUAAAGAAUCUGAAUCAAAAGAUGCAGAAUCAAAAGAUGCAGCUACUCCAAAGGAAGAAGAUUUGAGCAAUUUAAUUGGUUUAGAUAAAUUGAAAGGUAUGUUUAAAAAAGGUGAUAAAAAAGAUAAAGAUCAUAAAGAUAGCAAAGAUGAUGAAAGUGAAUGUGAUACUGAUGAUGAAGCUGAACAAAGACAAAAAGAUUAUGCCAAUGGAUAUAAUAAAGGUUGGGAUUCAUCUAAUAAAUAUAAUACCAAUAAGAAUUAUGGUGUCAAUAAAGGUGUUAAUUGGAACAAUCCAAACUACAAUAACCCAAAUUAUAAUUAUGGUAAAAACUAUGAUCCAAAUUUUAAUUAUGGUAAGAAUUAUAAUCCAAACUAUAAUCCAAAUUAUAACACUGGAAAGAAUUAUAAUCCAAAUUAUCCAAACAAUCCAAACUAUAAUUAUGGUAAAAAUUAUAACCCAAAUUAUAACACUGGUAAAAACUACAACCCAAAUUAUCCUGGUAAAAACUAUAAUCCAAAUUAUAACCCAAAUUAUAAUCCAAAUUAUAACUACGGUAAAAACUAUAAUCCAAAUUAUAAUUACGGUACAAAUAAAGGAUAUAAUCCAAACUAUAAUUAUGGUAAAAACGUUAAUCCAAACUACAACCCAAAUUAUAACCCAAAUUACAAUCCAAACUAUAACCCAACUUAUAAAAAACAAUAUGGAUCAGAUUCAGAUUGUGAUGAUGAUAAUGUUAAAAAGGGGUAUGGUUACACCAAUACUAAAUCUUCAACAACUUAUUAUGGUGGAAAAAGUGGUUUAACUAGAAGAUCUGUUGGUGAUCAUCAAAAUGUGAAAUUUGAUCAUGGAAAAGAUGGUCAUGGUAAUUGGGAUCAUUUUGAACAUGGUAAAGGUAAAGGUGGUCAACAACAUCAUGAUUUAAAAGAUCAUCAUGAUGGAAAAGAUCAUGGAAAAGAUCACGGUAAAGAUCAUCACGAUGGAAAACAUUUAGGUGGUAAAGAUCAUCACGAUGGUAAAGAUCACGGUAAAGAUCAUCACGACGGAAAAGACCACGGUAAGGAUCAUCAUGACGGUAAAGAUCAUGGUAAAGAUCAUCAUGAUGGAAAACAUUUAGGUGGUAAAGAGCAUCAUGAUGGAAAAGAUCACGGUAAAGAUCAUCAUGAUGGAAAAGAUCACGGUAAAGAUCAUCAUGAUGGAAAAGAUCACGGUAAAGAACAUCAUGAUGGAAAAGAUCACGGUAAAGAUCAUCACGAUGGAAAAAAUCACGAUAAAGAUCAUCACGAUGGAAAAGAUCACGGUAAAGAUCAUCACGAUGGAAAACAUUUAGGUGGUAAAGAUCAUCACGAUGGAAAAGCUUCAACUCCUGCUCCAAAAAAAGUUGCUCCAGCUCCAACAUCAGCUCCAACUCCAACUCCAACUCCAACUCCAACUCCAACUCCAACUCCAACUCCAACUCCAACCCCAACUCCAACUCCAACUCCAGUUCCAUUACCAACUCCAAAGAAAGAUCAUGGAAAAGAUCAUCAUGACGGAAAACAUUUAGGUGGUAAAGAUCAUCACGAUGGAAAAGAUCACGGUAAAGAUCAUCAUGAUGGAAAACAUUUAGGUGGUAAAGAUCAUCACGAUGGAAAAGAUCAUGGCAAAGAUCAUCACGAUGGAAAAGAUCAUAGAAAAGAUCAUCAUGAUGGAAAAGAUCACGGCAAAGAUCAUCAUGAUGGAAAAGAUCACGGUAAAGAUCAUGAUGAUGGAAAAGAUCAUGGCAAAGAUCAUCACGAUGGAAAAAAAUUAGGUGGCCAUAAACAUCAUGAUUUUAAAGAACAUCAAGAUUUUAAAGAUCAUCAUGAUUUAAAAGAUCAUCAUGACGGAAAACAUUUAGGUGGUAAAGAUCAUCACGACGGAAAACAUUUAGGUGGAAAAGAUCAUCACGAUGGAAAAGGUCAUGAAGAAGAAGACUGUGACGAAUUUGAACUUGGUCAAAAACACGAUCAAAAAAAAGGUCAUGACGGUGAACAACAUAAAAUUUCCAAACGUGAACUUGUCAUGAGAGAUUUAAGUAAAUUAAAAAACUUGAUGGGUGGCAAAAAAGGUGGAAGCAAAGCACCUGAACCUGCAAAAGAAGCUAAACCCACAAAAGAAGCUAAACCUGCACCAGCUAAACCAUCAACCAAACCUACACCAGCUAAACCUGCACCUAAACCUACACCAGCUAAACCUGCACCUAAACCUUCUAAAGAAGCUGAACCUGAACCAGAAACUGAACCAGAAAGAGAAUAUGAAGUUAUAGUCAAACCUAAAAAACCCGAAAGCAAACCUGCUGAAGAGGAACCAGAAGAAGACGAUUGUCCUGAAGAACCAAAACCUGAACCUAAACCUGAAAAGGAACCAGAAAUUGUUUGUGUAGAAGUUGAAGAAUCAGAAGGAGAAGAAGAACUUGCUCCAGUUAAACCUGCUCCAACUAAAGCUGCUCCAACUAAAGCUGCUCCAACUAAGGCUGCUCCAACUAAGGCUGCUCCAACUAAGGCUGCUCCAACCAAACCUGCUCCAACUAAACCUGCUCCAACUAAACCUGCUCCUACAAAAGCUGCUCCAACUAAGGUUGCUCCGACAAAAGCUGCUCCAACUAAAGCUGCUCCAACUAAAGCUGCUCCAACUAAGGCUGCUCCGACCAAAGCUGCUCCAACAAGAAAACCUGCUGUGAUCAAAGAAGUUUAUAUCAAAGAACCAGUAGAAGAAGCUCCAUCAAAAGAAGCCCCAGCCAAAGAAGCUCCUAAAAAAGAAAUUCCAGCCAAAGAAAUUCCAUCAAAAGAGAUUCCAUCAAAAGAAAUUCCAUCAAAAGAAGAAAAAGGUGGUAAAUCUGGUGGCGGUAUGAAGGACAAAUUAAAAGGUUUAUUUUCUAAAGGUGGUAUGGGUGGUAAAAUGAAUAUGGGUAAUUUAAAAUCUAAAUUUUCUAAAGGAGGUAAAGGUGGUGACAAAGAAGUUGUUCCAACCAAGGCUGGUCCUGCUGCUCCUGCUGCCACUGUCACCAAAGUUAUUGUUAAGGUUGAAGAAUGUGAAGAAACUGAAGAAGCUGAAGCUCCUGCUGUUGAAUGCCCAGAAGAAGAACAUAACGAAGGAAAAAAUGGAAAAUCUGGUAAAAAAGGUAAAAGGGAUUUAGAAUAUGAGAUUGCACAUGAAAACAAAUUCAUCAAAUUUGGUGGAGGUGGAAGUCAAAAAGGCGGUAAUAAAAAUUCUGGAAAAUCUAGUAAUAAAUCUGGUGGAAAAAACCAAGGUGGUAAGGGAAAUAAUAAAGGAGGAAAAAAUUUUCAGCAAGAUGACGACGAUUCAUGUUCUGAUGAUGAAGAUGAAGAUGACUGGAGCAAUUCAAAAGGAGGUGCUGGAGGCGGCGGUAAGAAAGAAAUGUUGAAGCAGAAAUUAGGAGGAAUGAAAAGUAAAAUGAUGGGCGGUAAAUCAAAACUUUUAGAUAAAUUCAAGAAAGGUAAAGGUGGUAAAGGUGGUCAAGAUCAAGGAAAAGGUAAAGGUGGUGGUAAAGGUACUGGUAAGAGUACUGGUAAAAGUGUUAAUAAAGUUAAUACCAAGGAGACUUAUAACGAUGAUAGCGACACCGAUUGUGAUGAUGAUGGAUGGGAAGUAGAUAAUAAAUACUCAUCAGGGAAAGAUACCGGAAAAGAUUUCAAUACUGGUAAAGGAUUUGACACUGGAAAAGGAUUCAACUCUGGUAAGGGAUCUAAUAUCAAUACUGGAAAGGGUAAAACAUCAACUAUCUCAACAAAAGGUUUAACUUACACUAAAGGUACAACAAGUAAAAGUAUUAGUAAAGGCAAAAGAGAAGAUUACGCAGGGAGGACUAGCAACGUAGACGGAUUUGUCAGUAAUGACAGAGAUGAUGGUUACUACGAUCAACAAUUUUUUGCUCAAAGUUUAGAUAAAAGUGAUUCCGCUGAAGAUUUAUUAUUAAAAGUGUUUUUUUUAUUAAAACAAUCUGAUUUGAUUAAUGAUAUUAUAAGAUUGUCCUUAACAGAUAGAGAAGUCAGAAAAAUAUUCAUUGAUACUGCCAUUUUAUUAUUGAAUUCUAAAACAGUUCCAUGGGAAGAUGUAUUUUUAGGUAUUAACAAUCAUGGUCUCAAUCUUGAUUCGGAAAAACUAUCUACAAUAGAUCCAAAAGUUAGCAAAGGUGUAGCUGCAUUUGUUUUAGAAGUUAUUCCUAGUUUAUUGAAAAAGGGUUCUUUGACUUCUGCUGAAGUGAUUGAUAGAUUACAAUAUGAUGAUAUUCAAUUCAUUCCUGAACCACCUAUUCACAAGGGAGGUAACAGGCAUUCAAAAAUUCAACCUUUUCCAACAACUCAUUCUAAAAUUAUUCCUGUCCCAACAACUCAUUCAGUAAUUCAACCUGUUCCAACAACUCAUCCAAAGAUUCAACCACUAGGUCAUUCUCAUGGCUUGCGUUCGGGUACCCAUGACGCUUCACAUCUUGAGACUGAAAAAAGUCGUCAUGAAGAACAUCAUUUCAUAAAAUUUCGUAAUAGGACUUUAGAUCAUGAGAUUGAUCAACAUGAAGCUAAAAAUAAAGACAUUGAAAAAGAAAGUCACAAAACCAGUGAACAUGGUGGUAAAUUUAAGGAUGAUGAUAGAGAAAGUAAAUAUUAUGAUACUGAAAGAGAUCGUCAUGAACAAAUAAGAACUCAUGAUAAGGUCCAUGAAGGUGAUAAAUAUGAAUUUAGAAAAGAGCAUCACAAAGAAAAUCAUCACCAGGAGGUUGAUGGCCAAGGUGAACAACGAGAGGAGCAUCAUGAAAGCAAUCAUAAGGAGUUGAAAAAAGAUAAAUUUGAUCAAGAAUUUCAUUUAAAGAACAAUGUAAAAGGUCAUUUAAUUUUAAAAAGACAUGAAUUAGAUCAAUUUGAAAAAGAAAGUCACAAGAAUGAGAAGAAUUUACAUGAUUUAGAACAUCAUGAGUUGACUACAGAUAAUGAUUCACAUCAUGAAUAUGAUUUACAUGAGCAUGAUCACAAUGCUUUGCUGAAGGAUACUUACGAAAAAAAUCAUCAUGAAAAAGAUGAAAAUUAUAAAAAGCAACAUAACCAAAAGAAAGUUUAUGAAAAAAGCAAAGAUCAUCAUGAAAAAGAUCUCCACCAAAAGGAUCAUACACCAAAAAAUCAAGAUGAAAAAGAUUUACAUGAAUUAGCUGAUAUUGAGAUUGAAAACAAUUUUGAUCAAGAUUACUUUCAUGAGAUUGAACAUAGAAGAAAAAGACAUGAACUUGAACAUUAUGAAGAAGAUACUCAUAAAAAUAAAACUGAGCACAAUGAAUCUUACUCCUUUGAAGAAUAUAGUGAUUCCUUGUAUCAUAAUGGUAAAAGUAAAUAUCAGAUCUAUGAGCAUUCAGCUGAUAAAGACGAACAUUCAGUUGAUCAUCUCGAAAAAGAUAGGGGUGACUUUGAUUUUGAUAAAGAAUUUCAUGAAGUAGAUGAAGUUGAAAAACAAAAAGAGAAACAUAAAAACUAUCUCCAUGAUUUUGAACAUAAAAGAAAAAGACAUGAAGUGGAACGUUUUGAAGAAAAUUCACAAAAGGCAAAAUUAGAGCAUUAUGAACAAGAUUUGCAUGAAAAUUAUAAGGAUGAAUGGACUCAUCGUGAGAAUGAUCAGAGUAGUGACAUUGAUCGUGAAAAAACUAAUGAAAGCCAUCAGUUGGAUCAUCAUGAAGAAAAUCAUCAAGACGGAGUUGAUCACGAAAAAGAUAAUCAUGAGCAUGGAAAAUCUGAUAAGGCUGAAUCAACACAAAAGAGUCAUAAGCAUGAAAUUGAACAUGGUAAGCAUGAAUUAGAGCAUCAUGAAUUAGAUUACAAUAAAGAUUUCAAUAAGCAUCAUAAAUCUGAUCAUACAGAAACUAUCAAUGACAAUGGAUUUUUAGAUAGUAAAGCACAUCAUAAAGAAGAAGAUCAUACUUCAAAUCAUGAGAAACACAAGAUUGACCAUAAAGAAGAAGAUUAUAAAGAUGAUAUAGAUUGGAAAAAAGUAUCUCAUUCACAUGAUGAAAAAGAAAAACAAAAAGAUCGUCAUAAAGAUUAUUAUAAGGAGUUUGAUCAUACUGAUUCUAAAGAUAAAAGAGAUGUUCCAGUUAAAGUUGAUAAACCUAUUAAAGGGAAAGAAUUACAAGAACCUGUCAAAGUUGAUAGAAUAGCUAAAAGUAAAGAGUUACAUGAAACAGAUGAUCAUGCAAAUGAAAAAGAGAAGGAUAAAUACUUAAAAGAUCAAGUUUAUGGAGGUGAACGUCAUUAUAAAGAACAUUAUGAAAAAAAUCAUCAUGAAACUGAUCGCUAUGAAGCUUCACCAGGUAGAGAACAUUAUGAAAAAGAAUUAAAUCAGAAAGAAGAACAUGCAAAAGAAAAUCAUGAAAAAGGGCCUCAAAUACAUGAAGAAUAUGCAAAGAAUCGCUCAAAACAAGUUGAUACCAAGGUGCUAGAUCAAAAGUCAAGUGUCAAUCAAGAUCAUUUGGUAACUGGAUCAGGUUCAAAAGUUAAUGCUCCCCCUGCUCAACUUUCAAGUUCCAAGGUUAACGCUGCUGUUCAACCAUCAAUUCAAGUUGUUCCAGCAGCUGGAGGCCCAUAA